CACCCCAGGUCGGGCCUGGCGAGGCCGCCGCGCCGCCGCUAAGGCGGGCCCCGCGCGCAGCCCGGCGGCGCAGGUGAGGCCGGCCGCGCCAUGGUGGACCCGGUGGGCUUCGCCGAGGCGUGGAAGGCACAGUUCCCGGACUCGGAGCCGCCGCGCAUGGAGCUGCGCUCGGUGGGCGACAUCGAGCAGGAGCUGGAGCGCUGCAAGGCCUCCAUCCGGCGCCUGGAGCAGGAGGUGAACCAGGAGCGCUUCCGCAUGAUCUACCUGCAGACGCUGCUGGCCAAGGAGAAGAAGAGCUACGACCGGCAGCGCUGGGGCUUCCGGCGCGCGGCGCAGCCCCCCGACGGCGCCGCCGAGCCCCGCGCGCCCGCGCCGCGUCCACCGCCAGCGCCCGGCGACAGCGCCGACCCGCCACCGGCAGAGGAGUCCGAGGCCCGGCCCGACGGAGAGGGUUCCCCGGGCAAGGCCAGGCCCGCGGCUGCCCGCAGGCCCGGGGCCGCCGCGCCCGCGGACCGGGAAGACCGGGGGGCCCCCACCAGCGUGGCGGCGCUCAGGUCUAACUUCGAGAGGAUCCGCAAGGGCCAUGGCCAGCCUGGUGCGGCGGACGCCGAGAAGCCCUUCUACGUGAACGUCGAGUUUCACCACGAGCGCGGCCUGGUAAAGGUAAACGACAAAGAGGUGUCGGACAGGAUCAGCUCUCUGGGCAGCCAAGCCAUGCAAAUGGAACGCAAGAAGUCCCAGCAGAACGCCGGGCCGGGCCUGGGGGACGCGUCCAGGCCCCCUUACCGGGGACGCUCCUCGGAGAGCAGCUGCGGCCUCGAUGGCGACUACGAGGACGCCGAGUUGAACCCCCGCUUCCUGAAGGACAACCUGAUCAACGCCAAUGGCGGCACCAGGCCCCCUUGGCCGCCCCUAGAGUACCAGCCCUACCAGAGCAUCUAUGUUGGGGGCAUGAUGGUGGAAGGGGAAGGCAAGGGCCCACUCCUGCGCAGCCAGAGCACCUCGGAGCAGGAGAAGCGCCUCACCUGGCCCCGCAGGUCCUACUCCCCCCGGAGCUUUGAGGAUUGUGGAGGCGGCUACACCCCGGACUGCAGCUCCAACGAGAACCUCACCUCCAGCGAGGAGGACUUCUCCUCCGGCCAGUCCAGCCGUGUGUCCCCGAGCCCCACCACCUACCGUAUGUUCCGGGAUAAGAGCCGUUCGCCCUCACAGAACUCGCAGCAGUCCUUUGACAGCAGCAGCCCCCCCACGCCACAGUGCCAUAAGCGGCACCGGCAGUGCCAGGUUGUCGUGUCCGAGGCCACCAUCGUGGGCGUCCGGAAGACCGGUCAGAUAUGGCCCAGCGAUGGAGACGGCACUUUCCAUGGAGACACAGAUGCCUCAUUCGGAACACCACCUGGGUAUGGCUGUGCCACGGACCGUGCUGAGGAGCAGCGUCGGCACCAGGAUGGACUGCCCUACAUUGAUGACUCACCCUCCUCAUCCCCCCACCUUAGCAGCAAGGGCAGGAGCAACCGGGAUGUACUGGCCUCGGGAACAUUGGAGUCCACCAAAGCGAGUGAACUGGACUUGGAAAAGGGCUUGGAGAUGAGAAAAUGGGUCUUGUCUGGAAUCCUGGCUAGUGAGGAGACUUACCUGAGCCACCUGGAGGCGCUGCUGCUGCCCAUGAAGCCUUUGAAAGCCGCUGCCACCACCUCCCAGCCAGUGCUUACCAGUCAGCAGAUCGAGACCAUCUUCUUCAAAGUGCCUGAGCUCUACGAGAUCCACAAGGAGUUCUACGACGGGCUCCUCCCCCGAGUGCAGCAGUGGAGCCACCAGCAGCGGGUGGGUGACCUCUUCCAGAAGCUGGCCAGCCAGCUGGGUGUGUACCGAGCCUUUGUGGACAACUAUGGAGUUGCCAUGGAAACGGCUGAGAAGUGCUGUCAGGCCAAUGCUCAGUUUGCAGAAAUCUCUGAGAACCUGAGAGCUAGAAGCAACAAGGACUCCAAGGAUCCAACGACCAAGAACUCUUUGGAAACCCUGCUCUACAAGCCUGUUGACCGGGUGACAAGAAGCACACUGGUCCUUCAUGACUUGCUGAAGCACACUCCCCCCAACCACCCCGACCACUCCCUGCUUCAGGACGCCCUCCGCAUCUCACAGAACUUCCUGUCCAGCAUCAAUGAGGAGAUCACACCCCGCCGGCAGUCCAUGACGGUGAAGAAGGGAGAGCACCGGCAGCUGCUGAAGGACAGCUUCAUGGUGGAGCUGGUGGAGGGGGCCCGCAAGCUGCGCCAUGUCUUCCUGUUCACUGACUUGCUCCUCUGCACCAAACUCAAGAAGCACAGCGGAGGCAAAACUCAGCAGUACGACUGCAAGUGGUACAUUCCGCUCACGGAUCUCAGCUUCCAGAUGGUGGACGAGUCAGAGGCGGCACCCAACAUCCCCCUGGUACCAGACGAGGAGCUGGAUGCCUUGAAGAUCAAGAUCUCCCAGAUCAAGAGUGACAUCCAGAGAGAGAAGAGGGCGAACAAGGGCAGCAGGGCCAUGGAGAGGCUGAGGAAGAAGCUGUCCGAGCAGGAGUCACUGCUGCUGCUCAUGUCCCCCAGCAUGGCCUUCAGGGUGCACAGCCGCAACGGCAAGAGUUACACAUUCCUGAUUUCCUCUGACUAUGAGCGCGCCGAGUGGCGGGAGAGCAUCCGGGAGCAGCAGAAGAAGUGUUUCAAAAGCUUCUCUCUGACAUCCGUGGAGCUGCAGAUGCUGACCAACUCGUGUGUCAAACUUCAGACCGUCCACAGCAUUCCACUGACCAUCAACAAAGAAGAUGAUGAAUCUCCUGGUCUCUACGGGUUCCUGAAUGUCAUUGUCCACUCAGCCACUGGAUUUAAGCAAAGUUCAAAUCUGUACUGCACCCUGGAGGUGGAUUCCUUUGGGUAUUUUGUAAAUAAAGCAAAGACACGAGUCUACAGGGACACGACAGAGCCGAACUGGAAUGAGGAGUUUGAGAUAGAGCUGGAAGGCUCCCAGACCCUGAGGAUACUGUGCUAUGAAAAGUGUUACAACAAAAUGAAGAUGGCCAAGGAUGACGGCGAGAGCACAGACAGGCUCAUGGGGAAGGGCCAGGUCCAGCUGGACCCCCAGACCCUGCAGGACGGAGACUGGCAGCGCACUGUCAUUGCCAUGAAUGGGACGGAAAUGAAACUCUCGGUCAAGUUCACCAGCAGGGAGUUCAGCUUGAAGAGAAUGCCUUCCCGAAAACAGACGGGGGUCUUUGGAGUCAAGAUUGCCGUGGUCACCAAGAGAGAGCGGUCCAAGGUGCCAUACAUUGUGCGCCAGUGUGUGGAGGAGAUUGAGCGCCGGGGCAUGGAGGAGGUGGGCAUCUACCGCGUGUCUGGAGUGGCCACGGACAUCCAGGCACUGAAGGCGGCCUUUGACGUCAACAACAAGGACGUGUCUGUGAUGAUGAGUGAGAUGGACGUGAAUGCCAUCGCUGGCACGCUGAAGCUCUACUUCCGAGAGCUGCCCGAGCCCCUCUUCACCGAUGAGUUCUACCCCAACUUUGCCGAGGGCAUUGCUCUUUCAGACCCCGUUGCAAAGCAGAGCUGCAUGCUUAACCUGCUGCUGUCCCUCCCAGAGGCCAACCUGCUGACCUUCCUCUUCCUUCUGGAUCACCUAAAAAGGGUAGCAGAAAAGGAGACAGUGAACAAGAUGUCCCUGCACAACCUCGCCACAGUCUUCGGCCCCACACUGCUCCGGCCCUCAGAGAAGGAAAGCAAGCUCCCUGCCAACCCCAGCCAGCCCAUUACCAUGACUGACAGCUGGUCCCUGGAGGUCAUGUCCCAGGUCCAUGUGCUACUGUACUUCCUGCAGCUGGAGGCCAUCCCUGCCCCAGACAGCAAGAGACAGAGCAUCCUGUUCUCCACCGAAGUCUAAAGGCCCAACUCCAUCUCCAAGAGGCCGGCAGAACAGCCUGGAAACCUAUAGUCAAACAGGCCGUCCACAGAGUUGGAACCGAACUUUCUUGAGGUGUAAUUGAGCCACCCGCAAGAGCUGGGCCAUCUGCCAAGAAACAGCUACCUACCCAAAGCAGGCGGCCAGGUAGCCCCGGGCAAAUUUGUGCCCAGAGGGGUCUAGGAGCCCCAGGCUGGCCUCAGUCUGUGGUUUCCCAUGCUGCCACCAGAGGGCGCCCCAAGCCAGCACGUCUCAGCACGCAGGCCUGGCGGGGAUGAGGCGAAAGGAGUGGUUUUUAUGAAUUUAACUUAUCAGAACAGAAUUCUACUGGAUUACUUGUCAAGAUGCACCCUCUCUGGGGAGGAGGGAACAUGACCACAUUCCCGCACUACUGUGUCUUGAAUAAACGCUGCUGCUGCUUCAUACUCUGGGGGCCACACCCCUGUCCCUGUGUAGGUGGGGGCAUUUCAAUUUCCCUGACUUAGAAAUUUGACUCCCUUUGUAACAGGGUUUGAGACGCUAAGUCAACACUGUAGUGUUUUGACUCCAUUUACUGCUUGCUUCUUUUUCUUUCUAGAAGGAUUUCUGUUCAGAAGUGGGUCUACUUACCUGCUCUUUUCUGUUGCUUGGUUUUUGCUGUGUAUAUGCUCCUUGGAAGGCAGCUCCGCCUGGAGCUGUGAAAUGUCCCAGGACCAGACACCAGGGGGAGGGUGGCCCAGGCCAUGCACUUUAUUGUUUGUUCUCCAGGGAGAAUGACUGUGUUCACCAAUCCUGACUGUCCACCGGCCUGUGCCCUCCUUUUGAUUUUAAAAGGCCUUGAUUUCUCUGGCUCCGCCCUGUCCCAACCAUCCCCUAUGCAGGAGGCUUCAUUUCCUCGCUCUCAGCGCAACAGACUCUGUUCACUUUUGUAAAAGUUUCCUCUCAGUGGCAGCAGCUUGCUGACAGCUUAUUUUAAAACUCUGAUCCGAAAUAGCCUUUUGAUACUUGAAUAUUUUUAAGUUUUAUACAUAGUUUCUAAUUUUUUUCCUAACAGACUCAGAUACCUAAUAAGAUGUUAGAGCGUACUCUGCGGGCAGCCUGUAUCCUGGCAGCAUUUGUCUUCCUCUGAGCACCAGCUCGGUUUUCAUCAGGAGUCCUUUCUGAAGUUGCUGGAGCAUCGGAAACAUGGAGGGUUAGGAACAGGCCAGGGAUAGGGAUGGGCGGCUCCUGUGCCGGAGCCUGGGCAUUCUCUGUAACCCCUCCUGACCGCAGUUUAAAGAAAAGGGACCUGGGGAGGUCACUAAGUAUUUUGAAGAAACAAACCCAUGAACAGUUGCAUCGCUUCGAGCCUUGAGGCAGGGAGAUGGAAGGGAAACUGAGGCAGAGUUUUCAAGCUAGUCUUGCAGGGGGAGAGGGUGCAGCUAGCAUGGAGGAGGGAAGCACAGUAGGACUCAGGAAAAUGUGUGCUGGUCGUCACAUGGCGACACCAAAACCUGUGGGGCACUGUCCCCAUCCUUCCCAUGGCAGGUGCAGGGGGUGGGGUUUGCCCUCCUGUCAGUGGAUAGCUCCUGCUGAGCCUGCAGCACAUGGGGAGCCCUGACAGCCAGGGCCCACACCCCUACCCCACAGCUUGUGGAUGGGCCAAGGCAGGGAGCAGAAAACAAAGUUGCUUGAAGGUUUUGUCUGCAUAUGGUAUUUAUUUAGUUGUGCUUUUUUCUCGAAAGGAGAGCAGAACCAUUUUAAAGCAGUGCCGCCCUCACAGGCAGCGAGAACAGAAAAACAGGAGUGUCUGCCCUCUACACAUUUCUGGGCCCAAUGGGCUCCUGUGGCCUGACUUCCCAUCCCCAUCUGUCUCAGCAACCCUCCAGCCCUGCAAGGGAAAUGCAUUUUUUUAGAAAAGCCAAACCCAGCCCUUGUUUCUGUUUCCUCUGGUGUCUCAUGAUUUGCAUCUGUCGCCUUGAAACUGGAAAGCAAUAUAUCAAUGUCUGUGCCAAUUUUCAUUCCCUCCCCCAACCCUUUCCUCUUUUUUCUUUUUAUUUAUGUAGGAUGUAUGCUGUUUAAUGAUGGAAUGACCACUCUUUCUUGUGUAGUUGUAAAAGUGUUCCUCCGCCGCCAGGCCACGGUGGCAAUGGUCACUUUGGAUCUGGGGCUGCCUCUGUUACCCCAUCUCAUGCUACACAGGCCUGUGGGUUGGCAAAGCCAGCAGUGGGGUGGAAAAUACCGUGUUCUCCAGGAAGGGGGCAUAGCCCUCCCCAUGCGAAGUGGCUGGGGCCUAGAGCCCAGUGUGACCUUCCAGGGGCAUUUUUGUCGGACUCUGCAGUAAGAAGUGACGCUUUUUUUGUCUGUGGCCCUGCGUCCGGAACCCAGCCUCCUCACGGCAACCCAGCCUUCCCUCAGAGGGUGGCUGGCUGGACUCUCAGCAGCUGCGAUCCUGCUUUUCAGCUCAGCCCUCUGUAAACCACCGUAGAGAGAGGACUGUUGACACUUUCAUUAAAGUUACCUGAGACUACU